UUCGUGAUGAAGUUGCAUUAUUUCUAGAGGAAAUUGAUUUCACCAAGAUUGAUCUUCAAAAGUUUACAUUUGGAGGUAAUUUCUAUCUGUGCCUUGGUGAAGUUGAGGGAGACUUAUUUUAAUUUAUGAUAAGUGCAUGUACCAUGGAUUCUAGAGUGAGAGGUCAAGGUUUGAGUCCUGUCUGGGGUAAUAUUGUUAGUAAACUUUGUUUUGUUUCUACAGACUUGAGGAGCCAAAUGGAAGCACAGCGAGGUUGUUCUCUUACAAAAGCAGAGAAAAGAGUAUUUCUUCAGAUGACUAAAGCUGCCAUUGAGAAAUCCGUGCCACCUACCUCUGAUAGCGAUGAUCAAGAGGAUGUUCUAGAAUUAUCUGCGAACAAAUGUGAUGUCAGUCCAACUGUUGCAAAGACUAAAAAUCCUAACAGAACAAACAAAAAGACCAAUGAAAGCAGUAGUAAAACACUCAAUUCUAAGGAGAAAACCCCUUCAAGUGCUAAGCAAAGUCCACCACUGCCUUCUACAACAACUGCAUCUACACCUGAAAACAAAAACUACAGAAGAAAGAAAUCUUCAAUAGUCCUUGAUGACGAAAUAUUCAAGGUGGACCUCCCCUCGGCUUCAUCAAGUAUUCCUGUCGAUGAUGACACUGACGAUCUCCCCUCCAUGUUAUACUCUUCUGAAGACAACAUACCAGCCAGGCAAGAGUUCUGUUAUGGCAGAGACUAUCAGUCAUCGCCUAUCAAGAACAAUUCAUCAGAUUCCAUGGUAGAAUGUCCAAUCUGCAGCAAGUUCUUUCCAACAGCUGAAGUGGAAUUCCAUGCUGCCUUGUGUGUCAAUGAAACAGAUCCUACACCAAGCAUGGCAGCACCCGAGGAUGACUUGAUGCCAUGCCCGAUUUGCUCUAGAUUGUUUUCUUUGGCUCAGAUAGAGCAACAUGCAGAUGAGUGUGUUGAGACAAGCAUAAGUGAAGGUAGCAAUAACUUAGAGAGAGAGGGGAUAACCAUUUGAUUAGAUCUACAACGAUUACAUGUAUAAAUCACUUACCUGUGUAUAAAUUAUUAGCAUGAGAAGAUUUGAAGUUAUUUUAAUUUUUUUUCCACAAAUCUUGUACCUCAAAUUUCAUGGUAGAAAAAAAAUAUAUUUUUAAAAUUUCACCGACAUUGGACUGGGAGAGAAAUGAGAAAACUAAUGAAGUAAUAUAUCUUAAAAGUGCUCGGUAUUGGAUCCAAGUUCAGCAAUUAGACAUUUUUAAGCACUUUUUUAGAAAAGAAACUUUUGUUUAGUGUAGUAAUGUAAGUUUAUCACUUGCAGCUAUUAUAAAGGUGUAUUAGUGUGCAGCUGAAGUCAUUACAAUACUAUAGCACUAGCCAACCCUGGAUGUAAUAUUUGGUUUGGAAUUAUAUUAUCCAUCAGAAAUCAAACGUUGUACUAAUGGCUAGUUUUCACCCUCCACCAAUUGCUGGACUCCCAAUUUCUUUGUUUCUUUUCAAACUAACAUUGAAAAUUGCCUAGCCUAAACGUCUGUUGUAGCUGUAUGGAAAAUGUUGCGUUUUUCAGGGCUUAUAUCUGGAAUAUCUACAGACAAAUGGUCCUUAUUUUAUGACAAGGGGCUUACAAGUGGUUUCCAAAGUUCUUUCAAGUUCUCUUGAAUGUUAAAGAGAACUUAUUAUGUUUCAAAAGAGUUGGGUGUGCUUUCAGCCAUUCAGACUGCACAUUUUCUCUGACCAAUCAUCUCACCUAACUCAUGGAAUAUAGAUUCAUGGGAAAUUAUAACAUUUAAUGUCCUUCAUUGACCAUGGUACCUUAGUUGCCUCUACCUUGAUUAAAAACACCAAAUAGUAGAGGGCUUAUCAUCUACACUGUUCAGUGAAAAUACAUUUAUCUUAUUUACCAACCAAGGCUGGCAAAUAGUUUUUUCGCUACGGUAUUGCUUUGAAAGCAACUAUUGUGUUGAAUUUCAAUUAAAGCUGUUUGGUCCAAAUCUGGCACAAAAAGCAGUACUGAUUGCAGAAUUUGUUAUUAGAAUCCAUAAUUGUUUGACUCUAUGUUGAAUGUCUUGCAGUGUAUUCAAAGCCUUGAAAAGUUGCCAAAGUUGGAAUUUCAGAAUAGUCCCAACUCGGGGUUCGGAUGGGAAAAUCCAGAUAGCUUGUGCACAUGCGAUUAGCCAAUCAGAUUUAAGGAUUAAAGUGCCUAUGAAGUAAAAAAUAAUUGCUGCUUAUUUGA